UGUUAGAUGUGCUUGCAUCAGUAUUCUUAAAUUACCUUAUAUACAAUUUUUCAUGCUCAAGUAUGACUCUCUUGACAAAAAAGGAAUGUGAAUAUUGGCUUAGGGUCAGGUUUUUUCUGAUCCCUUAUCUUCUGUGUACAUGUUUAAUUAUAGGAAAAAUCCACAGGAAGCUCAAUGGAAUUGUUGGUCAAGUCAAAACUACAGAAUGUAAGGUUGUGUGUGGAGGUUUCACACUUUGGCUGAUUCAUAUGUUAUGUUCAGCUACUGAUAUUUGCAUUUGACAGUAUGUGCAAGUAAACAACCCACAAAGAUGGUGUAACAUAUGAGAAAUGGUGCAUAUGUAAUGAUGCAAACUUGACUUCUGAAGCAGGAUGAGAUCCAGUGGCAGAAAUCAGUGCUCAAGGCAAAUUGUUCAAGUUCUCCCACAUGGGUUAUGCUUUUUACUCAAGACAUACAAGCGCCCACCACUUUCUAGAAGUACCAUGAAUCUCUCAAACUGAAAUAGUGGGGAAGCUGUUGACUUCAUUGUUAUAGAAAACUAGAUGAAAAACACACACACCUCGGUGGUUAAAAUUAUUUUUGUGCAGUGUAGUUUUAACAGAGUUUAAAAGGAGCCAUGCAGAAUAAGUUAUGUUGAGCUCAGCAUAUUGUUUAAAUCUAAUUAACUUUCCAGUGGGCGUUUGUUUAAAAAUGAGAACAUCUAUUAAGUGACGAAAGCCAGUCUGUGUUGCGCAGUCCUAUUAACUUUUCUUUCCUUCUUUGCCUUGACUGUAAGCAUGGGUAGGAUCACUGAACUUUCACCAGAACUGUAGCCUGCUCUGACAGAAUGUUAGCUCUCAUCAAAAGUAGUCAAUUAAUAGCCAGGGCAGGGAGCUCAAAUUUAAUCAGAAUGUACAGGAGAUGUAUUUUGCUUUUAAUGCUUUGCACUAGAGAAAUCCCCUUGGAAAUCUUGUUGAUUGUAAGCACUGUUUGUGACCUAACUUCUGUCUGCUGCUGGGCCCAGGAAUCUGCGCUAGCGCUAGCAAAGCAAUAUUUCUUUACCUUCAAUAAACAAACCAGUACUUUGACCCACAUACUGCAAGGGAGACAGAAGCUUAAACCCCUUGAGAAAGGGUUUAAGGAGUGUGCAUGUUUAGCAACAGAAGGGCUGAUUAAUAGUAGCCAUCUUCAAAUAUUUGUUUCUGUUGCUCCAGAGGAUAGGGCCUAAACAAGUGUGUUCAAAUUACAAGAAAGGACAUUUCCAUGAGGUAUUAGGAAGAACUUUCUGGUGGCAUGAGCUGUUCAGCGAUGAACAGAUUGCCUCAGAAGGUGAUAGACUCUACUUUGUUAGACAUUUUAAAGCAGAGAUUGGAAGGCUACCCAUAUUAGGAAUGGUGUAGCAACAGAUUCCCUUCCUUGCAGUGAUUUGGACUAGAAGACCUUUUGAAAUCCUUUCCAAUUAAGACUCCAAUCCCUUUUUCAUUCUACCCUCUAGUGAUAUUUUCCUUUAGAAGAGGACAGGCACAUUUGCCCUUUCAUUCCCAAGAAAAGCAUCCUCCCCCCAACAUAGAUAAGCUAUGCAGUAUUAUAUGAUUCUAUGCAAGAGAUAAAUGCAAUGGCAAAUUGGCAGGUGUUCUUUCUGCAUGAGGUGAGGUUUCGCAGAAAACAGCUGAACCGUUCACCGACUGCUAGGUGACACGGACUCCGUUUGCUUAUUUGCUGGCACUUUAUAUUUAUAGUGGUACACUGUGGGUAGGUCAUCCUAUGGCGCUGUGGAAGGGUGCCAAUUUGAUGCUUUGUUUCUCCGCAGCCCUAAAAAUGGGCCUGCUGGAGAAAGGAGCCUCUCGGGCUCUUUGCCCUCUUGACUCCAGCUUAUCUGUUGCAUUUGCAGAGGGAAGGGGAACCACUGACUAUCUGCUUGGAGGGCUUUUUACCAGUAGCAAACCAAUGUUUAUGGUAUUAUGCGCUAAAAGGCAGGCAGGAAAGGCUUCUGUUUAAUCAAUAAUGUAUGCUCCAGUUAGUCUUAUCCUCUGGACAUCAUUAAACAUGUAUUUUGUUUCAUAACUGAUGAUUUUAGCUGACUGGAGUUUAUAACUAGAUAUCCUCAAGCCUUUGCAUCUACCAUCAGGCAGAUCUGAAUUGAGCUAGGCAGUCAGCUAUGUUUAGUGUUAAUGUGGAAAGUAAACUUAAAAAUAAGUGAGAGUUGGGAGUUAAUUAUAAAUAAUAGAAGUGGAUGGUAUGCAAGAGCAGACUUCAUGACUCUGAACACAGUCAGACAGCAGCAGUAAGGCUUGAUGUUUAAAUGCUGUAGCCUACUGUGGAGGAGCUUUACUAGUAAGCUUGAAAACUUUGCAUGUUAAAAAUCAAAUUAAACCGCACUACAUUUUGUUUAAAUCAGGCAUCCCCAAACUGCGGCCCUCCAGAUGUUUUGGCCUACAUCUCCCAUGAUCCCUAGCUAACAGGACCACUGGUCGGGGAAGUUGGGAAUUGUAGUCCAAAACAUCUGGAGGGCCGAAGUUUGGGGAUGCCUGGUUUAAAUGGUAAGGAAAUGUACGUUCAAGGUUUACUUAAUAAUGUUUAUUCGGCAAUGGAGCAGUUUCAGUUAACAAAUGCGCUCCAUUAAACAGAUCUACCAUAAUAUCUCACCAGCUUGGAAAGAUGCACACUGGUUUCCUUGGCAUAAAGCGUUGAUACAUAGGCUUGCAGUCGGACUCUGAUUAUUUAGGAAUAAAUUGCAUGGCACUUGGUGGGACCUACUUACAACUAAACAUGUGGGAUCAGGCUCUAAGUGAUAAAUGAUAUGUGGUAGACAAAGUGAAAGAACCAGGCAAUUACCAACUUUUUCUUUCUUUCUUUUUGCUUGUGGCUGAGAAAGCCAAUGAAAUUAACAGUUGAUAGGGAGGACUGAACAAACAAGCAUUGCUGUUUAUUUAAUUAUUUAAGCCCUUGACUUUUUAGAACUCUCGAACAAAUGGCAAUGAUGUUUUCCUUUAAAUCCAUUAUUAAUUCUGCAAUAUGUUUCAUUUCUAAUGAAAAGAAGAUCCACCUUUGGUGCUAAGGAAGCCUUGAUACUCAUCUGUCAGAAAGAAUACGCCUUUUUAAACAUGCCUUCGCUGAAGGGUAAAGUCCAGACUGUUUUGGGCCUUGUUGAGCCUAGCCAGCUUGGCUACACGAUGACCCACGAGCACUUGACAAUGGAUUACACUUGCUGUUACUACCCACCUCCUUCAGGCCAAGAAGCACUCUCUGAAACAUCCAUUGAGAUGAAGAACUUGUUUUGGCUGAAACAGAAUCCCUACAGCCACAAAGAGAACCUCCUCCUGCAUCAAGAAACAAGUGCUGUGAAGGAAGAACUGCUGCAAUUCAAAGCUGCAGGUGGUGGGACCAUAGUGGAAAAUACAACCACAGGGAUAAGGAGAGACAUGAAGACCCUAAAGCAGCUUGCGGAAGAAACCGGUGUCCAUAUUAUAGCUGGUGCUGGCUUUUAUGUGGGUGCCACUCAUUCUCCUGAAACACGAGCGAUGUCUGUCGAGCAGCUGACAGAGGUUAUAGUUAAUGAAAUUCUCAAUGGAGCUGAUGGAACCGACAUAAAGUGUGGGGUCAUAGGAGAGGUUGGCUGCUCAUGGCCUCUGACAGAAAGUGAAAACAAAGUACUGCAAGCAACGGCACAUGCUCAGUCUCAGCUUGGCUGCCCUGUCAUCAUCCACCCUGGCAGGAAUAGUGAUUCACCUUUCCAGAUCGUUCGAAUUUUGCAGGAAGCUGGUGCCGAUACCUCAAAAACCGUCAUGUCUCACAUGGACAGGACUAUAUUUGACGAGAAGAAACUGUUGGAGUUUGCUGAGCUUGGAUGCUACUUAGAGUACGACCUCUUUGGAACAGAAUUUAUUUUGUACCAAAUGAAUCCUGAUAUCGAUAUGCCAAGUGACAACGAAAGAAUUUUAAGGGUUCGGAUGUUGAUUGAUGAAGGCUAUGAAGACAGAGUUUUGCUUGCUCAUGAUGUGCACACAAAAAAUAGGUUGAAGAAAUAUGGGGGUCAUGGAUAUUCUCACAUACUUGAAAACAUAGUACCAAAAAUGUUAAUCAGAGGCAUAUCACAAAAAAAGAUCGAUAAGCUAUUGGUUGGAAAUCCCAGACGAUGGUUGACUUUCAAGUAGGGACUUGUAAGUAUUGCUGUGGCUAGAUUUGCUUCUGUGAAACUGGAAAUUUGAAAUCCAAAUUAUUUGAAGAAAACUAAAGUCCUACAAAUCUGGCAUCUUAAGAGUAGAAUAAGCCAUAGUAUUGUGUCCAUGUCCUUUCAGAUACAGGGAGUGGGGGCAGUUACACAGCUUCGCCAAAGGGUAAUUUUUAUCUGUAAUAAGCAUUUGCUUAGCAAGUACAGUCGUACCUCGGGUUACGAACUCGAUCCGUUCUGGGUCGCAGUUCGUAACCCGAAAAGGACGCAAACCGAGCGCUAUUUUUGCGCAUGCGCAAAGCGCGGUUUUUGUGAUUUUCGCGCAUGCGCAAAGCGUGUGCAAAGCGCGCGCACCGCUUCUACGCAUGCGCGGAACGCGCGCGCAACGAAAACACUUCCGGGGUGCGGAGUUCAUAACCCGAACUGUUCGCAACCCGAGCGGUUCGUAACCCGAGGUACGACUGUAUGGUAGAAUUGUAUAGCUCUGUUCCACAUACUAUUUCUAAAAUCGCCACAAAACUGCUUAAAGCUGCUGGGAUGCAUUCAUGCAGUGCUUUUAGGGCAUACUCCUAACAGCCUUGAGAACAGCAUCAUGCUGUGCAAGGGCUGAGACUGAUGGAGUAAUUAUGAUGGCUUCUGCGGACUCAUUCUGGAGUUGGGUCCAAGUACCAUUGCUGGAACAUUUACACAUAAUCCUAGCUGGGCUCCUGCAAACCCCAGCUGCAUGCCUAAGGCACUUCGGCACAGGAAAUUCCCCAUUGUUUUUUUAUUUUCAACUUCACUCUGAUGUGUCAGGUGACACUUGAAAGUAGGAGUGGGGAGCCUGUUACCCUCCAGAUUCUGGACUGCAACGCCCAUCGUUCCUGACCACUGGCUAUGCUAACUGGGAUCACUGGGAGUGGAGUCCUAAUAAUAUAAGGAUGGAUACAGGUUCCCCAGCCCUGUUUUAUUGCCGUUGAUCUGCAGGAGAGCUGCUAUAGAGAAGGGAGGAACCAUGAGUAGAAGCAGAAAUACAAUAAUACUUUUGUCAGCUUUCCAUCAAACCUACAUCAAAGUCAGCUGCCUUAGUAUAUUUGUAUUCCUGAUAUUUAUGGUCAAAACACUUUAACCCCAGUGCCUCCUUUGACCUUCCCUUGUAAUAUUUUGUGUGAAUGCUGCUUUGAAUUGAAAUUUAAAAGUAAAGCAAAAAAAUAUGACUGGGGCUCUAAGAAAAUUAAGAGGUUGCUUUAAAUGUGGGGAUUUUUGAAGGUGAUGUAAUGGUUGUAUUUGCUUUAGGCAUUUUCUAUGCAUGUAUAUUCAGACAUUCAGGAUUUACUCCCAAGUAAAGUGCUUGUGGUUUCAGGAUUUCCACUUAAAAGCACAAUCUUUAUCCACUUAGUUUAAUGGAGCAAACUCCCAAGUAGGUGUGCCUAGGGUUAUUUUUGGCUAAAAUUACCUCCCUCCAAAAUGAUUUUUUUUCCUAAUACUGAUGCUCCUACUAAGUAUCCAUAUGCUAUUUAUUUAAUGAUUAGUUUUUAUAAAAUAAUGUUCAAAAUUUAAAAAUGUUGACAAUGUAUAUUUACAUAUUGAAAAUAUAUUCAAAUAGCAUUUUAAGGGCUGGAUUUCAAAACCGUAUCAGGGUGAAUAAAAGCAUUUAAAGGCCUCCAAUACACACUAGGCUCAAUUGAAUGCACUUCAUUCUCAUUGAAAAUCAGCAGCCACAGGCGCACAGGAUGAAAUGUCCUUACUUUGAUUUCAACAGGUUUAAACAUGGUCAUUUCUGCAUCAGCUAUUGGUCCAUGGACUCAGGUGAUCCAAACAUUUGUUUUUCUUCCAAAACACCACACACACACACACACACGAUGUAUUUUAUAAACAAAGCAGCUGAGCAAGAUUUCACUCUUUUAGAAAUGCUUGUGUCGCAAAUUAUUGUGGAGACAAUGCCCAAAAUCAAAAUAUGUAAUAACAAUAAUGAACUAAUGUAACAAAGCCUAUAAUUUACAAAUCAGUUUGUCAAGAUAUGAUUUAAAAGUUUGCCUUUUAUUGUUUCUGUGGUUCUAACAAAUAAAAAUGCUGAUUUUGCUAAAGAAAGUGUUCUAUCUGUUUAAAAUGACAGUCUGGUGAUCUAACGUCGCUUAUUAUAUUUCCAAGCGUGCACAGCAUUUGAUAUCCUGUGGCAAUAAAUUUCUUGUAUUAUUUCAUAUUGGCUGUGCAUGUUUAGUUAUAGGCCACAUUUGAGUGAACUGCAU